GCAGUCGAGUACCGAGCACCUCGUGAGUCGGACAUGCAACAAGACAUUGUCCGAGCGUACGAUGGUGUAGCGCGAUACAGUACCGCACUAAGUCAUGGGCACCACCGUAGUGUGUGCUCUUUUAUUCGGGGCUAUUUUCGGAGUACUUUCUGCGUCACUUAGCAAGACCCUGCGUUACCAAGCUCCAGACGAGUGCAAGUGGGUCGUAGUGGAUAGUGGUUCCGAAGAUGACGUCGCUCUCGUGUGCAGACUUCGGACCAUCAACAGCGAGCUGGAGAACACCAACUUUAGUGUGAUACAACCCCAACAUACCGUGCGGCUGAGGCUAGAAUGUAGUGACGCGCUUUUCUUCCAGAGUUCGUUGAGUGCAGGAAGUUUCAAACCACUAGUCGAACUCCGCGAGUUGUCGAUCGAAUAUUGCAAAAUCGGCAAUCUGUCGGAUGGCGCGUUCCGAGGACUCAAAGACCUUCGUAAUUUAACUAUACGGACUCACAAUACGGAUUGGUCAGCAAUGACCCUGGAUGUGUCUCCCAACGCGUUUACCGAUGAACUCCGUCAGCUAGUGCGAUUGGAUCUCAGUGAAAAUAACAUGUGGAGUUUGCCCGAAGGAGUUUUGUGUCCACUUUACGCGUUGGAAGUUCUCAAUCUGACCAGAAACCGAUUACGUGAAGUGGCUAGUUUUCGUUUCACUUCUGCAGAAAGAUGUGGCAGCAAUUUGAAAAUUCUGGAUUUAUCCCGUAAUAGUAUAGAUCGACUAUCUUCCGGACAGUUUUCCAGUCUAUCUCAUCUCCAGAAACUAUAUAUGCAAGGCAACGGUUUAUCACACCUGGCAGAUCGUGCUCUUGAAGGAUUGACUUCCCUUCGUAUUCUCAAACUUUCCGAUAAUCAUCUGGUCAGUCUACCACCUGAAUUGUUUACCGAUACGAAAGAUGUUCAGGAGAUGUAUCUCCAAAAUAAUUCAAUAAACGUACUGGCACCUGGAUUAUUCAGCGAGCUCACCCAAGUUCUUGUCCUGGAUUUAUCUCACAAUGAACUGACUGCUGAUUGGAUAAAUACUGCAACCUUUGCAGGCCUAGUUAGACUAGUUGUUCUUGAUAUUUCUUUCAACAGGAUAUCUAAACUGGAGCAGUCAGUAUUCAGAGACUUAUACAGUUUACAAAUCCUCAGAAUUAAUGACAACUUCAUCGAGCAUAUACCAGACAGCACAUUUUCAGCUCUCUACAACCUACACACGCUUAUCAUAUCGAAUAACAAAUUAACUAGAAUAGAAAGUGACACAUUCAAUGGGUUGAACGUAUUAUCUCUUUUAUCGAUAGACAACAACAAGAUUUCUUGGAUCCACCCAGAGGCACUUAGAAACUGUUCUGGCUUGCAAGAUUUACAUUUGAAUGGUAAUAAACUAGUUGCGGUUCCUGAAGUAAUUAGUAAUGUUCCAUUACUGAAAACACUCGAUCUCGGAGAGAAUCAUAUCGAUACAAUAACGAAUGAAACAUUCGAAGAUUUGAAACUAAUGUAUGGUUUGAGAUUGACCGAAAACAAUAUCGGAAACAUAACAAAAGGCGCAUUCGAUAAAAUGUCGGCUCUGAAGAUCCUCAACCUGUCAAGGAAUAAAAUACAAAAGGUAGCGCCGGGUUCUUUUGACAACAACCUGAACCUACAAGCUAUCCGUCUAGAUGGGAACUACCUGACUGACAUUGAAGAAUUAUUCGCUAAAUUACCCAGUCUAGUGUGGCUGAACAUAUCCGACAAUCAUCUCAAGUGGAUUGAUUAUGCCCUGAUACCUACUGGUUUACAAUGGCUAGACAUUCACUCGAAUCAAAUCGAGGAACUCGGUAAUUACUUCGGAAUCGAAUCGACUCUCUCUCUCACUACUUUCGAUGCCAGUGCGAAUAAACUGACUGAAAUCACCGGCAGUGCCAUUCCCAAUAGUGUGGAAGUGUUAUUCCUGAACGAUAACCUGAUUUCCAAAGUACAAUCGUACACGUUUUUCAAAAAGACGAACCUAACAAGAGUGGACUUAUUUGGAAACAAAAUAACAAGUUUGGAUCCGAAUGCUCUACGAAUAUCAGCUGUGCCGCCAGAAAAGGAACUUCCAGAGUUCUACAUCGGAGGUAACCCAUAUCAAUGUGAUUGUACCAUGGAAUGGUUACAGAAAGUCAAUGUUGGAAAUCGAGCUCGAACACAACCAAAACUAGUGGACUUAGAUAGUAUCUACUGUCAGUUAUUGUAUAACAGAGGUACUACCUAUGUUCCUCUGGUGGAAGCUGCUCCGUAUCAGUUCCUGUGCACGUACGAAACUCAUUGUUUUGCCCUUUGUCACUGCUGCGACUUCGACGCUUGUGACUGCGAGAUGACCUGCCCCACAAAUUGCACCUGUUACCACGACCAAUCGUGGUCUGCCAAUGUUGUGGACUGUUCUUCCAGCGGAUAUAUAACCAAACUUCCGGAGCAGAUACCAAUGGACGCCACUCAACUCUAUCUGGACGGAAAUGAUCUGCGGUCGUUGAAUAGUCACGCAUUCAUCGGUCGAAAGCGGCUCAAGGUACUUUACCUGAACAACUCUAAUAUAGAGACCAUACAAAAUAGGACUUUCAAUGGUUUGAAAGAGCUGGAAGUCUUACAUUUGGGUGGAAAUCGUAUCGGCGAGUUGUACGGUUACGAGUUCGAGAGUCUGGAAUUUCUCAUAGAAAUCUUUCUCCAAUCGAAUCGAAUAACGAGUAUCAAUAAUGGUACAUUUUCUCACCUAAAGAAGUUACGUGUUUUGAGGCUAGACCAUAAUAGACUGAAUAUCUAUAAUAUGUGGAAUCUUCCGAAUACUUUGAUCGAGGUAACGUUAUCGUAUAAUCCGUGGUCAUGUGACUGUGACUUCACGGAACGACUUCGUGAGUGGAUGAAACGCGGCGACGCGGUCCAAGACUCUUCGUCGGUGAAAUGCAUCUUGAACUCAACCGAUAUCGAUUUUUACAGCCUGGACGCGUACUUAGACAAUACCGAUACCGGUUUCUACGUGAUGCAAGAGAACGGUUCUUGUACGGGUGUCGCCAACAUAGACAACAGCGUAAACGGAAACCUGACAUCGACGAAGACCAUCAUUCAGCGACAAGUUAUCCAAGACUACUUGCCUCUACUUGUGAUCACUCUAGCUAUAUUUUCCGCCAUCAUAUUGAUCAUGCUGUUGAUUUUCAUUUACAGACAAGAAGUUCGCGUCUGGUUUCAUUCGAAAUUCGGGGUUCGCAUGUUUCAGAGGUCCAGCGACUUGGACAGGGACGACAGAGAAAAAUUAUUCGACGCGUUCGUGAGUUACAGUUCGAAAGACGAAGCGUGGGUCGCUGAAGUCUUGGCCCCCGCAUUGGAGCCCAAUUAUAAGUUGUGUUUACACUACAGAGACUUUCCCGUGGGUGCUUUUCUUGCCGAUACCAUAGUGCAAGCCAUCGAGUCAUCGAAAAGGACUAUCAUGAUUCUAUCAGAGAACUUUAUCAAGUCCGAGUGGUGUCGUUUCGAGUUCAAAUCGGCGCAUCAUCAGGUGUUACGCGACCGACGGAGGAGACUUAUCGUGAUCCUCCUCGGAGAAGUUCCUCAUAAAGACUUAGAUCCAGAUAUUCGCUUAUAUCUGAAAACUAACGUGUAUUUACAGUGGGGUGAUAAAUUAUUCUGGGAGAAACUCAGGUAUGCACUACCUGACGUUCCUAACAAUCAGAGGCAUCCAGGUUCGAUGAGGACUCCGCAUGUUCAUCACCAUGUGCAUAGACAUAGUGCGAGGAGCCAAGCUCCGAAUCCUCCAGGAGGUGGCAACAACUCUUCAAGAACGGUGGCCAUCCACAUUUGACGAUGACUGUUAGUGAAACUAGCAAUGUCAGCAUUAUUGUGAUAAAUCGUAAUGAUAUAGACUGUGCAUGAGUGCAAUGUGAGGAUGUGAUGUGAUAUAGGUAGCCUGCAAGUUCGGGAAAUUUAUUGUAUGAAUGAGUGCACGACAUUUUCUGUUCGAAUGAUGUCAAGUGAUAGCCCGAACCGUCCAUUACUCCUGAUUGGUAAGGAGUCUAACUUUUUGAUUGUAAAUAUAUAUACCUGUAUAUAUAAUAAGUAUGAAGAAUGUACUUGUAAAUUUUGUAUAUAUUAUAUAUAAUUCUAUAGC